UGAUUUUCCGAAGUUCAAGUGGCAAGUCACUGUUGGCGAAAUCAGUUUGAAGAAGGAAGACCCAGGGGAGCAAGUGUUUGAGGUGGAAAACAUAUAUAAUCAUGAGCUGUAUGGAAAAAAACAAUUUGACUACGAUGUAGCGUUAAUCAAGAUUAAACCUUCGUACGACGGCCGUGGUAUCCAAUUCAGCCGUUUUGUCCACAACGUCUGCAUUGUUCGAUAUGCUGCUCCUCCAGUCAACACCCAGCUGCUAAUUUCUGGAUGGGGAGGACUCGAAAAACAACCAUCUGGUAACACUCCAGAUGUCCUGCAAUUCGCCUCUGUACCCCUCCUUGAUCAACGAGCAUGUGAACAGAAGCACCCCUACAUGAUCACAGACCGCAUGUUCUGUGCUGGCUAUCCAGAUAAAGAGAUUAGUGUUUGUCAAGGGGAUAGUGGUGGACCUCUUGUGUAUAAAACUGAAGAAGACAACAUCCUGUAUGGAAUAACAUCCUGGGGUGUUGGAUGCGCUAUACCUGACGUACCUGCUGUCUUUGCACGGGUGGCUGCAGUUUAUGACUGGAUUAGGAACGUGACACAGUUCAACAGUGACAACAUUAACCAGACUAGGAUUAAUUGCAUGAAAAAUUGGAUAUAA